AUGUUCGACGGGCUUGCCAGUCUUGGGGGGCUCGAGUUGUCCUCGAAUGAAAUAUCAGCAAUAGACACUGGGGUAUUUUCAAGUCUGAUAAACCUGAAAGAUUUGGGUCUCUCUAAUAACCAUCUCACGCAUUUAAAUGACGGAAUGUUCGACGGACUUGCCAGCCUCGAGUCAAUUUCCUUGUAUGGAAAUAAAGUGAUUAUGAUAUCGGACAAUGCCUUUGUCCCUUUGAGAAAUCUUGCAACCAUUGACUUGGACUCGAACAGUCUUGAAACUCUACAGUAUGAGGUUUACUACAAUCCACCCUUCAAGAAUUUGACUUCGCUGUUCAUAUCGUCUAACCCGUGGAACUGCGAUUGCCGCCUUAGAUGGUUGCUGUUCGACGGACUUGCCAGCCUCGAGUCAAUUUCCUUGUAUGGGAAUAAAAUGAUUAUGAUAUCGGACAAUGCCUUUGUCCCUUUGAGAAAUCUUGCAACCAUUGACCUGGACUCGAACAGUCUUGAAACUCUACAGUAUGAGGUUUACUACAAUCCACCCUUCAAGAAUUUGACUUCGCUCUUCAUAUCGUCUAACCCGUGGAACUGCGAUUGUCGCCUUAGAUGGUUGCGUGAGCUGGUUGAUCUAAAGCCUUAUCUGCUGCUUCUUCCGGAAUUUGUGAAAUGUGUGCAACCACCAUAUUUGCAGAACUUGACAUGGGACAUCCUGUUUCCAGAAGAUUUUGUUUGCUGA